AUGGGAUUUCUGGCCCGAAUUUUCGAGCAAAUCUACACGGCCUAUCGACAAUAUUUAUACACUUUUUUGGCAAUUUUGGGCCUGGUUUGGAAGCGGAUAACUGAAAAAGAGGAGUAUUUUCGGGAAUUUAUUUGGGCCAGGCCUGAAGUUUUGGAUGAUGGUUGGACACAUAAAAAUGUGCAAUUAAAGGUGUGUUUUUUGACACCAAAUAUGCCUGGGGUACUGUAGAUUUUCGUGAUCUACAGGAAUUUUUGAAUUCAUUUUCAAAUUCUGAUCAUUUUGAGACCAAACAUGCCUGGGGUACUGUAGAAAUUGUGCACUUUUUUGUUGGAACUUUUUUCUACAGUAACCCAGGCUUGUUUGGUCUCAAAAAACGUGGAUUUUCUGGGGUACUGUAGGAUUACUGUAGAAAAUUCCACGUUUUUUGCAGAACAUCAAAUUGCACUACGUGGAAGAAGGACCGGCAGAUGGCGAUGUUUUGGUGAUGGUUCAUGGAUUUCCGGAAUUCUGGUACUCCUGGAGAUAUCAGCUAAAUUAUUUCAAGAAGAAUUACAGGUACUGUAGAAAAUUCCACGUUUUUUGAGACCAAAUAAGCCUGGGGUACUGUAGAAAUCGAGCACUUUUUUGUGAUCUACAAAAUUUUUGGAUUUUUUUGGAACUUUUUCUACAGUAACCCAGGCAUGUUUGGUGUCAAAAAACGUGGCAUUUUCUACAGUACUCAUCAAUCUACAGUAACCCAAGAAAUUUCACGUUUUUUUGAUACCAAAUAAACCUGGAUUACUGUAGAAAUCGAGCACUUUUUUGUGAUCUACAAAAUUUUUGGAUUUUUGGAACUUUUUUCUACAGUAACCCAGGCAUGUUUGGUGUCAAAAAACGUGGAAUUUUCUACAGUACCCUCAGGACUACAGUAAUCUUCCAGAUGUCUAGCCUUGGACAUGCGCGGCUAUUCUGAAUCCGAAAAACCGCGCGCCGAAUCGCAAUACAAUAUGACGCAUUUGGUCGAAGAUAUCCGGGAAUUUAUUGAGAUUUUGGCAGCGGGCCAAAAAGUUGUGUUAGCUGCGCAUGAUUGGGGAGCAAUUGUUUGUUGGCGGGUAAAUUUUUGGCGCCAAAAUUUGGCGCCAAAUUUGAAUUUCAGGUCGCUAUAAUGUAUCCGGAAUUGUUGAAAAAGUUGAUUAUUUUGAAUGUUCCACAUCCGUCGGCUUUUAGAGAGGUUUUGGCGAAGAGCCCGGAGCAAAGAGCAAAAAGUUGGUGAGUUUUCGGGGGGUACUGUAGAAAAUUCCACGUUUUUUGACACCAAACAUGCCUGGGGUACUGUAGAAAAAAGUUUAUUGUAAAAAAUAUUGUAGAUCACAAAAAUGUACAGUAACCCAUGCAUGUUUGGUGUCAAAAAACGUGGAAUUUCUUGGGUUACUGUAGAUUGGUGAGUACUGUAGAAAAUUCCACGUUUUUUGACACCAAACAUGCCUGGGGUACUGUAGAAAAAAGUUCCAAGUUUUUUGUAGAUCACAAAAAUGUACAGUAACCCAGGCGUGUUUGGUGUCAAAAAACGUGGAAUUUUCUACAGUACCUCAAAAACUACAGUACUCCCAUUGCAGGUACAUCUACUUCUUUCAAUCUCCCUCAAUUCCCGAACUCUACAUGCGUCUCAACAAAAUGGAAAUGCUCGAAAAAAUGUUGCGAAGCUCAAAACACGGUGUGCAGAAUCGCGCGAAUUUCACAGAUCAAGAUAUGGAAGCCUGGAAAUAUACAUUUUCUCAGGCCGGAAGCCUGACAGGCCCGAUUAAUUAUUAUCGACAGAUUUUCAAGGCCCAAUGGGAUAAUGUUAAGGAUAAGACUGUUAAGGUAAGGUUAGGGAUGAAGCUGAAGCCUAAAGCUGAAGCCUUUAGGCUAAGCCUAAAGGCAAAGCCUAAAAGCCUUUUUGGUAGAUCAAAAAUAUUUUGAAAUAUGUAUGCCUCUUUAAAGCCAAGGUACUGUACCCUAUGGUACUUUAAAGGGACAUACACUCGCUCCGCUCGAACCGCAUGCGCGGAAUUUUGAUCUACACUCGCGCCAGAGGCGCUCGGGGUACUGUAGAUCACUUGAAGGAGCUUACAGUAUCCCGAGCGCCUUUGGCGCGAGUGUAGAUAAAAAUUCCGCGCACGCGGUUCGAGCGGAGCGAGUGUAUGUCCCUUUAAAUUACUGUAGCAGAUAACUUGAGACUACAGUAUUUUAAAGGGACAUACACUCGCUCCGCUCGAACCGCUCGCGCGGAACUUUGAACUACACUCGCACCAAAGGCGCUCGGGAUACUGUAUGUUCCUUUGAGCGGUCUACAGUAUCCCGAGCGCCUGUGGCGCGAGUGUAGAUCAAAAUUCCGCGCAUGCGGUUCGAGCGGAGCGAGUGUGUGUCCCUUUAAAUUACUGUAGCAGAUAACUUGAGGCUACAGUACUUUAAAGGGACAUACACUCGCUUCGCUCGAACCGCAUGCGCGGAAUAUUGAUCUACACUCGCGCCAGAGGCGCUCGGGGUACUGUAGAUCACUUGAAGGUGCGUACAGUACCCCGAGCGCCUGUGGCGCGAGUGUAGAUCAAAAUUCCGCGCACGCGGUUCGAGCGGAGCGAGUGAAUGUCCCUUUAAAGAUUUAAAGCUGAAGCCUAAAGCUGAAGCCUAAACUCUAAGCCUAAAGGCUAAGCCUAAAGCUGAAGCCUAGAGGCUAAGCCUAAAGCUGAAGCCUAAGCCCCCCGACCUCAGGCCAAAUCCAAAUUUUUUCCAGAUUCCAGUCAUGAUAAUCUGGGGAGAUCGUGACGCAUUUUUGGAAGUUGAAGGUGCUGAAAUCACCAAAAAGUACUGUAUUUCAUGCCGUGUUCAAAUAAUCGAAGGAGCUUCUCAUUGGGUUCAACAAGAUCAGCCGGAAAAAGUCAAUAAAUUCAUGGAGCAAUUUAUGAGCCAAGAGAUUUCUAGUAAAUUGUAG